AUGGCGGAUGAGGAGAAGCCCCUGUCCAACCUGCCCGAGCUUGUGCCGGCCGCAGCGUUCAUGGAGGACGUCAAAGCGUACAUGCAAGGGCGCAAGGCGGAGGAGGUGAUCACGGAGCUGCGGGCCAGCCACCAGAAGUACAAGUACAUCGAGGCCGAGAUUGUGCAGCGCAAGCGGCGGCUGGCCUUCAAGCAGCCCGAGAUACAAAAGUGCCUGGCUGCCGUCAACCUGCUGCUGGACCGGCAAGAGGCGGCGGAGUCGACGGUGCUGGACUUCAGCCUGUCUGACCAGGUGUUUGCACGGGCGCGGGUGGCCGACGUGUCGUCGGUCAACCUGUGGCUGGGGGCGGGCGUGAUGCUGGAGUACCCGCUGGAGGAGGCGCAGGCGCUGCUGGAGCGCCAGCUGGCGGGGUGCAAGCAGCAGCUGGAGGUGGUGCAGUGGGAGCACGAGUACAUCAAGGACCAGCUGACCACCACAGAGGUCUCGAUGGCCCGCGUGUACAAUUGGGACGUGCAGAAUCGGCGAGCGGCAGGGGCGGGGGCGGCGGGCGCAUGA